GUCUUCCUCCAGACGGGAGGAGGCGUGGCUUUACUUCCGCUUGAGCGCGAGACACCCCGAGCGCACCCCCGUCUUGGGUUGAGAUCGCGCGUGCGAAGUAGUAGUGCAGAUCUCCGCUUUGUUCUCUUCACGAUUUGUGACUCGCUGUACUACAACGACGGUCGAGGACAAAGGAAACGGAGACUAAGAUUUUGGAAGCUGUAAGGUGUCUACAUGGCCGUCAGAAGAGGACACAUAAGGUAUUUAAAAGUUUGUGAGGUUCAGAACCAGGGUAAUGACAGAGACUCACACAAGGGUGGCAGCUCAGUAAAGCAGGAAGUAUACGACAUGCCGAACGGUUACGAGGACCACAUGGGCGAUGAGCCAAGUGAUGCGAAAACCAACCUGAUCAUCAACUACCUGCCCCAGAACAUGAGUCAGGAGGAGCUCCGUAGUCUCUUCAGCAGCAUUGGCGAGGUCGAGUCGGCCAAACUCAUACGAGACAAGAUGGCAGGUACGUCUCAACACGGCCACAGUUUAGGGUACGGAUUUGUUAACUAUGUUAACCCUAGUGAUGCAGAAAGGGCAAUCAAUACACUCAAUGGCCUGAGACUACAGUCUAAAACUAUCAAGGUCUCAUAUGCCCGGCCGAGCUCUGACAGCAUCAAAGAUGCCAACCUGUACAUCAGUGGUUUACCCAAGACCAUGACACAGAAGGAUGUAGAGGACAUGUUUACCCAGUACGGGCAUAUCAUAAACUCCCGCGUACUGGUCGAUCAGGCCUCGGGUCUGUCUCGUGGGGUUGCAUUCAUCCGUUUCGAUAAGAGGUCUGAAGCGGAGGAAGCCAUCAAGGAUCUUAAUGGAUCCAAACCAGCUGGUGCCUCUGAACCAAUCACGGUGAAGUUUGCUGCCAAUCCAAACCAGACCAAGAAUUCCCAGCUGAUCUCUCAGCUGUACCACACUCAGUCCCGUCGGUUUGGAGGACCUGUACAUCACCAGGCGCAGCGCUUCAGGUUUUCACCCAUGAGUGUUGACCACAUGAGUGGUGCCUCUGGGAUGAAUGUGUCCGGCAGCUCUUCCUCUGGAUGGUGUAUCUUCAUCUACAACUUGGGUCAGGAUGCCGAUGAAGGCAUCCUAUGGCAGAUGUUCGGUCCGUUCGGUGCUGUCACCAACGUCAAGGUCAUCCGUGACUUCAACACCAACAAAUGCAAAGGGUUUGGGUUUGUUACCAUGACAAAUUAUGAAGAGGCAGCAAUGGCCAUCGCCAGCCUGAACGGAUACCGCAUGGGAGACAGAGUCCUGCAAGUGUCGUUUAAAACCAGCAAGUCUCAUAAGUAAAGGGACUUUUUUUCUUUUCUUUUUUUUUUGUGUCGUAAGAGAAUCUGAAAGUUAAUUGCGGUUUGUUCUAAAGAUUUCAGUUAUUGUUGACUGUCCACAUACACAUAAUUCAUAAAUCUGUGUUGGGGUGAAAUAAGUUUGUGCUAGUGUUUUACUCUCUGGGGUUGAGCAGAUAUUAGAAUGUUGCAUUAGUGGUUUUGUCCCUGAUGCCUGGCAUUUGUAAAACCCUGGACAAUUUAAAAAUUUCAGAUAUAUAUAUAUAUCGGAAGAUUAGAGGUUUUUUUUUUUUUUU